AUGCCUGCUCUGGAAACCCAGGGGCUCAAUCGCACUGAAAAUCUACUGCAUAAAGAGCAUACCGAACAGGUGGCUUUGGAUCGCGUCCGCCCCCCUGCAUUUACAUUCACCUCUCACGUUCAUCGAAAGAUUUGUUACCUGAUCUCUGCUCAUUCCAUUGGUAAUGCCGUCGUCUCUAAUCAAAAGCUUGGUUUUGAGCAGGCAUUAGACGCGAGGCCGGCUGCAGUACAGGCUCUGGAGGUUAACAGUUGA